UUAUUUUUUUGGUGGAUUUUUAAUGUUUUUGGUUAUGUAAUCAUUAAAUUUAAUGUGAAUUAUCAUCACAGUCUAGUUUAUAGGGUUUGUUUUGAUUGGAUUCUAUAUUAUUUCAUUUGAAAUUUGGACCUGUUGUUAUUCAUGGUUUCAUGCAAUUUUUUUUUUGUAUAUUAAUGGAUUUUCUUAUUAAAAUGAUGUUGUAUACAUCGUAUUAUUGAUCUUGGGUUUUACUGUUUAGAAAUCUUAUUAAGUUGAUGGAGCAUUCAAUUUUAAUUGCCAGUGAAAUAAUAUCAUAUAUUAGGUAUAUCGAGCCAAUUAAUGGACAGAAUAGUCCAUCCAAACUGAAGGAGGUCAUAAUCUCUAGCUAUAAUGAUAAGUUUCUCUGCAUUAACAGAAUUAAACUAAACUGAAGAUUAUCAAAUUUGCUGCAGGCUAUUAUCAGAAUAUUUGUGAUCAAACGAGUCAAGUACAACUGUAUGUGAUCAAGUAUUUCAAGAUGUAGUAAGAUUAUUACAAAUAGAUGCAAGUGUUUAUGACCAUUAUCAGACUACAAGUACAUUAUAACAGUGAAAAGUUCAACUCAAGCAAAGACUUUCAUUUGAACUGAAUUUGUCUAAAUAAGUCAUAAUAAGUUAAACCAAAUGGAAUGAACAUAAUCUGUUUUUUUUUUAUUUUUUUUUAUUUUUUAUACUUGUUUCAUUUCUAUUAUUAUUAUUAUACAAAGUUGAAUAUAUGGGUGUUUGUUUCUAUGGAUAUUGUCAUUCCUUUUAGACAUGUAAAAUUACAUGCCAAUAUUUUAAAUCUUUAAAUUUACUUAUUAAAUUUUGAUAAAGGAGACAAAAUGAGUAGUUGGACCAACUUCUUACAAUCUAGUCAUGAGUACGAGAAAGGUGUAGAGGAUUAUUUAGAUAAAGCGUUUUCUACACAAGCAAUUGAAGAUCAAAUUUCUUGCCCGUGUAAGGUGUGCUAUCACCGCUUUUGGCAUCGUAGAGAGACAAUUUUCAAUCAUUUGAUUGCAAACGGGAUCAAGCCUGGCACUGAAGGAUGGCAUUGUUAUGAAAAGGGCUUGUCAUCAACAUCAAAUACCGAGAGGGAUGUUGAAGACAUGCAUGAUGAUAUUGAACGUCUUAUAUAUGAUGUUCAUAGAGAUGUGGAAGAAAGGUAUGAAGGGGUUGGAGAUGAGCCCAAUGAUGAGGCUAAGAAGUUUUAUAAGUUAGUUGAAGAUGGAAAACAAGAGCUAUAUCCCGGGUGCAAAAAUUUUUCAAAGCUAUCAUUUCUUAUUCGCUUUUACCUUUUGAAGUGUACUCAUGGGUUAACUAAUAUAGCAAUCUCAGAUUUUUUGGAGCUUUUUCGAGAAGUGUUACCAGAUGCGUCCAAUUUGCCUAACUCUUUUAAUGAGGCAAGGAGAUUGAUAAAAGAUCUAGGUCUUCAUUAUGACAAGAUUGAUGCAUGUCGUAAUGAUUGUAUGCUAUAUUGGAAGGAGCACGAAGAGGCCACGUCUUGCCAUGUUUGUCAUGCUCCAAGGUGGAAAGAAACACAGACCGAAAACGAAGAAGAUAUUAGCAAUCAACCAUCUAAGAAAGUGCAUCAAGUCCUCGCAAAAGUUCUUUGGCCUUUUCCUCUUAAACCAAGGCUUCAAAGGUUGUACAUGUGUUCGGAAACAGCAAAGCUAAUGAGGUGGCAUGAUGAAGAAAGAAAGAAAGAUGAGUUAUUGAGGCAUCCUACUGACGGUGAGGCGUGGAAAGAGUUUGACCAAAAGUAUCCAGAGUUUGCUAAUGAAACACGUAAUGUUCAUUUGGGGCUUGCAAGUGACGGAUUCAAUCCAUUUCGAACUAUGAGCACACAACAUAGUACAUGGCCUGUUGUUUUAAUUAAUUACAACUUACCACCAUGGCUGUGUAUGAAGCCAAAAUUCUUAAUGUUAUCUCUCCUUAUUCCCGGGCCCACCUCUCCUGGAAAUGACAUUGAUGUCUUCCUUCAACCAUUGAUUCAAGAACUUAAAGAUCUGUGGGAGUAUGGGUUGGACACCUAUGAUGCGGAGAAGCGUCAAACAUUUAAGAUGCAUGCAGCUUUACAAUCAACAACCAACGACUUUCCAGGUUAUGCUAUGUUAUCUGGUUGGAGCACCAAAGGGAAGUAUGCAUGCCCUUAUUGUCACUACGAGACUGAUCAUCAUCACUUGAGUAAUAGUAACAAAUCCUGUUACUGGGCUCAUCGUCGAUGGUUAGAUGAAAGUCAUCCUUGGCAGCAUGAUAUGAAGUCUUUUAAUGGGGAAAAGGAAGAGAGGACAUCUCCAGAUCCUUUAAUAGGGGAUCAAAUUUCAAGCUUGUUGGAAAACUGGGAAAACAAGUUUGGAAAUUACAACCAAAGAAGAAAUAUGUAGAUUGUCCAUGGAGAAAGUCCUCCGUCUUCUACACUGUGCCUUAUUGGAAAGAUUGUGGUUGUUGUCAUCAUUUGGAUGUCAUGCACAUCGAAAAAAACGUUUGUGAUAAUGUGCUCGGAACUUUAUUAGACAUACCUGGAAAGUCAAAAGAUCAUCAUAAGGCUCGAUUAGAUCUACAAGAAUUGGGUAUAAGGCAAGAACUACAUCCUGUAGAUGUAGAUGACAAGCGGUAUGUUUUGUUGCCCAAAGCAUCAUUCUCAAUGACGAAAGAAGAGAAAAGCAUAUUUUGUAGUGUUUUGAAGAAGGCAAAGCUGCCCCAAGGUUGUGCAUCAAAUAUUGCAAGGUGUGUGCAAGUCAAGGAGGGGAAAAUAUCAAGGUAUAAGAGUCAUGAUGCUCAUAUAAUAAUGCAACAAUUGCUUCCAUCAGCAAUUAGGAAAACUUUACCAAAGCAUGUUGCUUUACCUCUUAUGAGAUUGAGUGGCUUUUUUAGAGAAAUAUGCAAGAGAGUCAUCAAUCCGAAAGAUUUGGAUCGCCUUCAAGCAGGAAUUGUUGAGACUCUUUGUGAACUAGAAAGAAUAUUUCCACCAUCUUUUUUUGACAUAAUGAUCCACUUACCGAUUCAUUUGGUUGAUGAAAUCAAGCGUGGUGGACCGGUGUGUGAUUGGUGGAUGUACCCUAUAGAAAGGUACCUCGGAAAGUUAAAAUCAUAUGUGAAAAACCGAUGUCGCCCUGAGGCUUCUAUAGCAGAAGGUUAUUUGGCUGAAGAGUGCUUGGUAUUUUGCUCUAGGUAUUUGAAUGCUAGUGUAAAGAAGCGAUCUAAGUGGUUUAACAAAAGUCAAGAGAAAACUGAUGAAAUCGAUGAAGAAUCACCUUUAUACCCUAAGGUAGGUUAUCCUAUUGGGAGGAAAAAGAAAGGGAAGAAGAAAGGGAAGGCAUACACUCUUGAUUCAGACACAAUGGCUCUAGCACAUCGUUAUGUGUUGUUUAAUUGUCAAGAUGACCAAGUUGAGAAUUACAUCAAGGAACAUGAAGAGUUUGUGAAGAAGAAGUCCAGAGACAAACGAAAAAGAAGGUGGAAAGAGGCGCAAGAGCAUAGCAAUGAAUUCAUGGUUUGGUUUAGAGAAAAGGUUGUGGUGGAUAAUGUCCCAGAUCAUAUUAAGUGGCUAUCAAAAGGUCCUUCUAAUAUUGCAAGGAGGUACCCUGGAUAUUCUUGUAAUGGAUAUAAGUUCUACACUAGAGAUCAUGAUGAAAGGUGUAAAACUCAAAAUAGUGGAGUCUCUUUAACUGCUUUGACUCCAAGAUUUGCGAGUAGCAAGGAUCACAAUCCCGUUUGGUAAUGUCACAUAUUAUGGGGCUAUAAAAUUGAUAAUUGAGGUCGAUUAUUGGAGUGCAUUUAGUGUUGUGUUGUUCGAGUGUGAUUGGUUCCAUGUGGAAGUAGAUGACUAUGGACUUACUCGCGUUAACUUUAAGAAAUUGUGUUCUAAAGAUGACCCUUUUGUCUUGGCAUCACAAGUGCAUCAAGUGUUCUACACUCAAGACGGCCUUGAAGAAGAUUGGAAUUAUGUGCACGGAAAUUUGCCAAGAGACUUUUUUUAUGCCGAGGGGCAAUCUGAACACACAUAUAUGAAUGAAGUUCGUGAACCCACGGAGGCUGUAAUUCUGGCUACAGAUCAUGAUGAACACCAAAGUUGGUGCAGAGAAGAUGCUUAUGACAGAGUUGAGGUGCCUGUCAACAGUGAAAUGAGAAAUCAUAAUCACGAAGAUAGUUCCGAUAUAGAUGACACAGAUUGGGAUUGGAUGGAACCAUCAAAGUGACAUGUUUAGACUGUUUUUGUAGAAUAAUUAUCCUUCAUUUGAACUUAUUAUUUGGAUUUGACAAACUAUUAUUGAA